AUGGUCAUCCACCUGGGUGGGCCGAAAUUCCUUCUAAUCGGAUGGGGUUUCCAGGUCCGGGAACACACCCUGUCGCCGAAAUUACACCUGCACCGGGUUGUUGCAUUUCGGAGAGAAGAUGAUCGCUCACAACUACUUCAAGAGACCAGUGAGCUCCGGACUGCAGAUCUCGAACAGCGAUGA